AUGAAAAUCUCUCACGCAGCUCUGGUAGUCUCGUGUACUUUGGCGGUAUCGAGCACCGUCGAAUCAGCGAAUCUCACAGAAGCAGAUGAAGUGGCUUGGCUCUUUGAUUCAACACAGAUUCUAUUGUACAAUCUAGUGAUGACGGAAGACGACCUUGCCUUCCUUGACGCGGAUCCAACACUGGAACAGACCGUUCCGUGCAACGUGACUGUCAAUUUUGUCGAUCCCCUUACUGAUGCCAACAGUAAUGUCUACGAGACAACGACGCUCAUAGGCGCCGGAUGCCGAUACAAAGGCAAUGCAGGAAGUUUCAAUGGUUGCGUGGAUACAGAAGGUAAUGGGUAUGGUGCCAAGAUUGAGAAUUCGACAUCCUGCCGUACUUUGAGUUGGAAAGUCGAUUCUAACGAUUUCGCGGACGACUUCGGCCAGGAGAGCAAACAGAGGUUUUACGGGCUAAAAAAACUGUUAUUUCAUGGCAUCCAAAAAGACAAUUCGAUGCUCGGUGAGCGAUUAGCAUACACAACCCUGCAAGAACGACUAACGAACAGCCCUAGGGUCGCCGCAGCGCGUGUUUUCGUCAACGGUGACUACUACGGUCUCUACAAUUUCGUGGAGGAGGUGGAUGACAUAUUUAUUGCGUCCCACUAUACGGAAGAGAGUGCUUCUCUGGGCGCUUUGUGGAAAGAGGUGUGGUUCCCUUGCGCAGGUCAUCCUAAUCCUACUUUCGAUUUGGACACAAGGAAUUUUGAGCCGGAUGAAGUGGGUGAUGAUGAUUUCACAGGCCUAGACCGAUUGUCUGAAGUUGCACAGCUUGCCAUUGAGUGCUUAGCAGGUGACAAUUGUGAUGAGUUAACUGCACAGACUAUUUUGGAUGGACGAGUAGACACCAACUCAUUCCUCAAUGCUCUUCUUGUGAACUACCUGAUGUUGAAUUGGGACAGUGCUCAGCGGUUUUACGGUGACUUAAACUCAUACAACAACCACAACUACUAUUUGUACGUUCCCCAAAAUGGAUCCAUCGAGUACAUCCCAUGGGAUUACUCUGAGAUACUCGACGCUGCAAGCUGUGGAUUUGAAGAUGCAUAUAGGGCGGCGACUGAUGGAGGCAGGCCAGAAGGUAGUGGUAGUGGACAGGGUGGUGCCCCAAUUCCAGCUGAGGGUAGUGCCCCAAUUCCAGCUGAGGGUGGUGCCCCAAUUCCAGCUGAGGGUGGUGCCCCAAUUCCAGCUGAGGGUGGUGCCCCAAUUCCAGCUGAGGGUGGUGCCCCAAUUCCAGCUGCUGAAAACGGUACACAAACUGGGACACAGGGAGACGUGACGCCUGGGAACGAUAACGACGCUAGUGAACCGGACACUCCUCCUUCUACAGCGAGUGAACCGGACACUCCUCCUUCUCCAGCGAGUGAGCCGGACACUCCUCCUUCUAUUCCUUCAGGAGGGCAGGGGGGACAAGGAGGGCAGGGAGAACAGACUACUUCUGCCAGUACAUGUCCCGAGUCGCCUCAUUGGUUUGAUACUGAAUUUGACGAGUCACUGUGCACACCAAGUUCUAACAACGGUAACCGCGGUGGUCGCGCCAUCCCAUUCGCUUGCGAUCCGGUUGGGCAUAUUAUGGCGUUGGCUUGGAAGGCACAGUUCUUGGAGCUUGUUGCCAAAGCGACAAGGGAAGACAACUUCCUAGGUGGAAUCAACACACAUGCCAAAGUUUUUGCAACACAAGAAGCUGAUGAUGUAGAGCGCUAUGCAAAUCAGGGUGGCAUCCCUAGUGUGUCUGAUUUCCAGUGGGGAGUUGUGGAGGCUAUGCAGAAGGUGGGUACUGAAAGCAUGUACUGGUUCACGUAUACGAACAAUGCCACCUCUUUCGUUUAAAAACAUUCGACAUAGAAAGACUCGCUCACAGCGAUAUGUAAUUCUUUGUAAUACAAUAGAGAUUAAAAAUACAUAUAUUAUGAAUUGUAUUUGUAAUAAAAGUCUGAC